AUGGCGUCGCUGGGCGUAUACGUCCUUACCUUUAAUUGCGCCCGGAAUUUGAUCCAGCACGACUCAUUCGCAGCCCACCUCUUCAGAGUCCUCCCCAAAACAUGGCCUCAGUCCAGGGAGCUGCCCGAGAUUCUUGUCUUAUCACUACAGGAAAUUGCACCGAUCGCCUACGCAUUUCUCGGGGGCUCGUUCCUAGAUCCGUACUUCCAUGCCUUUCGUUGUUCCGUGAGCAUUGCAGCUGGGGAACAGCGCUACGAGAAUGUCAUAACAAAAAAUGCGGGAACGACUGCUGUUAUGGUCUUUGUGCGCGAAGAUGUCACUGAGAAUAUUGCCUGGGUCAAGACCGCAGAAGUUGGAGUUGGAGUAAUGGAAAUUGGGAAUAAGGGAGCUGCUGCAGCACAAAUUAGCUACCGCAUUAGAGAAGGCACGGUUGACCUAACCUUCGUUGCUGUGCAUCUUGCCCCAAACGAGUGGGCCGUAGACAGGAGGAACGAAGAUUGGAAGAACAUUGCCCAAAAACUUGUAUUCUCGAAGGUGGACCGUGGGGAGAAUCCUCAGGUUCACGACGAAAGAAAUGAAGAGGAUGUUCCACUUCUCCAAACCCAAUCGUCUGAUGCGAAUGGUGAAAUUGGCCUUUAUUGUCCCAGCUCAUACCUUUUUGUCGCUGGGGAUUUGAAUUAUCGGACAUCAUUAACCCGUCCGGGGCCAAAAGACUAUGAAAGGUUCCCUCGACCCACGGAAGAUAUUGACAGUCCUCAUCACUUCUCGCAUUUACUUGCGAAAGACCAAUUGACCAAGGAGCUCCAGGAGCAGGGGGUGUUGUACACUUUGUCUGAAGCACCCAUCACGUUUUUGCCCACGUAUAAGAUUGUCGUUCCAACCCAUCAGGAAGCUUCGUUAGGAUCAUUUGGGGCAUGGACAUGGGCGAAGAAGCGCUGGCCGAGUUGGUGCGAUCGAGUUCUCUAUCGGGGGAUUCCGUCAUCCACAACGUCGGGAGAUGGUGGCAUUGAGGCCCAGGGAUACGAUGCGUUACCGAUAUUGCAAACAUCAGACCACCGUGCUGUUGCCCUUUCUGCCUCGGUCCCUCUCAAGCCUACAUUGGCUCCCCCCGUCUUCAUACCUCCUUUUGAAAUUGACCCAAACUGGGAAAACAAAAGACUCGCUGCAAAGCGCAAGGAGGUCAUCGUGGGUGUAGUAGCCUACCUAGGCCUUACAUGGCAAGGAAAUGGGCUACUUCUGAGCACUGCCCUCAUUUUAGUCGGAGCUUACUUUUCCCUGCAGUUAUUUCGUGCAGGAUGA